CAAAAUUAGAAAAAAAUGAAUAGUUGAUAAUUUUUGCAUGCAUUGAAAAAUCAGAUAUGGCUAAAAAAUCUUAUGAUUUAUUAUUUAAAUUACUACUUAUUGGAGAUUCAGGUGUAGGAAAGACGUGUAUAUUGUUUCGCUUUGCAGAAGAUUCAUUUAAUACCACUUUCAUAUCCACAAUCGGAAUCGAUUUCAAAAUCAAGACCAUCGAAUUGGGCGGCAAAAAGAUCAAACUGCAAAUAUGGGACACUGCCGGCCAAGAGCGGUUUCACACAAUAACGACGUCAUAUUAUCGGGGUGCCAUGGGUAUCAUGCUCGUUUACGAUAUUACACAACCAAAAACUUUCGAAAACAUCGCCAAAUGGCUACGGAAUAUCGACGAGCAUGCUAACGAAGAUGUCGAAAAGAUGCUGCUAGGAAACAAAUGUGAUAUGGAGGAUAAACGGUUAGUCGCCAAGGAACGAGGAGAAAAGAUUGCUCACGCCCAUUCUAUCAAGUUCUUUGAGACGAGUGCCAAAGCUAACGUAAACAUUGAAAAAUCAUUCACCGAACUCGCCCAAUCUAUAUUGAACAAAAUAUCAUCUAAAGAAAACAUCGAAACAAUUGGCGGACCUGGUUCCAUACAAAUGAACCCAAAUCAGAGAAAUAGUGGCUUUAAAUGUUGUUAAAUUCACUAUUUAUUUUCCUUAUUUUUUUUUGGUUAAAAAAAACAAAAAUAGCUUUAUAUAUUUACUCGCGAACUAACUUGGUUAUAUAUAUUUUUUUUAUUUCUCCCCAAAACACUCAUAAAUCCUCUCGAAUAUAUUUGAAGAUAAAAAAUAACCUAAAUACCAAAACUUUGUUAGUUAGUUACCAUUAAAUUUUUUUUUUCAGAUACAAUAUUAUAACAAAUCCGUAGAUUAUGUUGUUAAAGAGAAACGACGACCACUGCUAUAUAAAAUUACAGGAAAAAAAUAUAUAUUGCUUUUAACUUCCACCCCACCCCCCCCCCCCCCAUCAUCAUUUAUAUAAGUCAAUACAUGUAAUUUUUUUUUAAUAUCAGAGACAAAAAGACAUCUAAUGUUUAUAAAAUAUUAUCGACAUCAUUUUUAUAAUUGUAUAAAAAAUUUUUUUAUAAAUUCUCGCUUUUUUUUAUGUUUGACAAGAAAUUAAUAUAAUCU